AUGGCGUCUCAAUACGGAAACGACGGCGCCGAGGCGUCGAGGAAUCGAUCAACCGUCUCGAGGAGCAGCGAGACACCAACACAACAGGACGAUGUGGAAAUCAAAAAGGCCAGGAAGAGAGAACAAGACCGACUUUGCCAGCGACGGAAGAGAGAAAAGGACCGCGAAAACCUGCGACGACUCGAAGCUCGAUUGAAUGGAUUGCAAAACCCGGACGAACCUAAAGUCGUCCUUGACUUGAUUCUACGCCACGAACAAGACCAGGAGAGGUUGAAUCGUCAAGCGGACCGCCUACGCCAGAUCGAAUCCCUCAUCCGGACUUCUUUGACCGACAUUGGAACCGAGGCAUCAUCAUCAACCCCCAACGAUAGUGUCGUGGAUGCGAAGCCUGAUGUCAAGGAGACCAUGCAGCCCGUGGCAAGUGUCUCUUCGGCGGCUUCGAGCAUGCCCAUGUACACGACUGUGCAGAGCGCACCUGUGUCUACAGCUGCAGCAACGUCGAUGAUCAUGCCCAUGAACAAUCCUGCCAUGCUAGCAUCUCAGUACCCCAUGACGAUUCCUGUCAGCAUGCCUCAAACACAACCCAUCAUGCAAACUGGCGCUGUGCCAUCAUCACCACCCAAAAACGACCGGAUCAGCACAAUCACGGACGCCAUGUCCGCGGUACCAGGCACUGCAGCAGCUUACACGGAUGAGUCGUUCGAUCAACACAUCAUCAUCAUGGUCUUGAUUCAUGGCUGGGAUGCUGUUCAAGCAUACAUGCCACUUGACCCUCUGUGGAUGCUCUUGCGCCAGAUAGACGGAUCUGCCUGUUCACAAUGGAGGAAGGUAGAUCGCAUGGUUGGUAUGCUGUCCUUCCGCCGUAUGAUGAAGGGUAUGGCUAUGGGCCCUCAAGCCAUGGCUACAAUAGAGCCAAAGUUCAUGCGACCGCGUCCGUCUCAGCUUCAUGUUCCACACAUCCCGAACGGCGAUUAUUUCCCUUGGCCUGGAGUACGUGAACGUUUCGUUUUCGAAGGUCCCAAGUACGACGAUGACACCUUCCUCGCUCUCUUCAAUUCCAGUACCCGCUUCAUGUGGAACUCCGACUUCUCUACUGCUUUCGUGCAGAACGACAAGCAGCUCUUUCAAUUCUCAGAUGAGCUGAUCAAACGCUUCUACAACCUGAGUUGUUGGCGUAUCGAUGCUGCCUUCAUUGCCGCAUACCCAGAGUUCGCCGGCGACAUACCCACCUACAACUCUGUGCCUAAGAAGAUUGACGACAAGCCUUAUGAGGGGGAAUUCUACUUUGGCUCGGAGGUUCAGGACGGAGAUACACACAAUGGGUCUGGCGCUGCUGGUGGAGGUCAGUGGAUCUACGACAACGGACGAUGGUACAUUGCAGGAGCGGUGAGAUGA